UGACUGCUGUUUAAAGACCGUAGAAGAAGAAGCUGAGCACCUGACUUAAGGACCGGACAAGAAGAAGAAGCUGGUCUUCAUCUUGGUGAACCCCCUAAACCCUCUUCGUAAAGGAGCGCGUGCCUCCGAAAGAAGCAUCAUGGCGUUCAUCACGGCCAACUGGAACCCGCUCGGUGAAGCGUUUUACCGUAAAAGUGAGCUGUAUGAAAUGUGUUGGAACCUGAGGGACGGACUCCGAGACUGUCUGGUGUCUGCAGCUCCUUAUGGGGGUCCAAUAGCUCUCCUAAGAGAACCUCACAAACGUUCUCCCAGUUCUCGUCCUCAGUUGGAGAUCUAUUCUGCAUCGGGAGUCGGCAUCGCCAGCUUCCCGUGGAAGAGUGGCCCGGUGGUCCACUUGGGUUGGACGGUCAGUGAUGAGCUGUUGUGUAUUCAGGAGGACGGAUCAGUUCUGAUCUACGAUCUGUUUGGAUCUUUCAAGAGACACUUCAGUAUGGGACAGGAAGUGGUCCAGAGUCAGGUCUUAGAAGCCAAAGUGUUCCACUCUCCUUAUGGAACAGGCGUCGCCAUCGUAACGGGUUCCUCACGCUUCACCUUGGCAACCAACAUUGAUGACCUGAAGCUUCGGAGGUUACCUGAAGUCCCGGGUCUGCAGGGGAAGCCGUCCUGCUGGGUCGUCCUCAACCAGGAAAGACAGACAAAAGUACUGCUGUCCAACGGACCUGAGAUCUACAUCCUGGACAGCACGUCCUGCACUGCUGUGUGUCCUCCAGGUCUCGGUCCUCAGGCUGGCAGUAUCGUCCACAUGUCUGUGUCUUUCAGAUAUAAAUACCUGGCUCUCUUCACUGACUCUGGACACCUGUGGACAGGCCCCUCCCAUCUCCAGGACAAAAUGAGUGAAGUCGACACUAAAAAGUCAACACCUCCCAAACAGAUGGUCUGGUGUCGCAGACCAAAGAGUCAGCAGCCGUCUGUGGUGUUGAUGUGGGACAGACUGCUCAUGGUGGCCGGAGUCUGUAACGACACAAUCCAGUUCCCCACAGAGGACCAGUGUGUGUUGGUCGGAGAGCUGGACGGAGUUCGCAUUAUUAGCUCAGCCAAUCAGGAGCUGCUUCAGGAGGUUCCUCUGGUCUGUCAGGACAUCUUCAAAAUCGCUUCCAUGGCUCCUGGAGCUCUGCUGCUGGAGGCCCACCGGGAGUACGAGAAGUCAAGUCAGAAGGCUGAUGAGUACCUGAGAGAGAUCAAGGAGCAAAGCAUGCUGGGAGAAGCAGUUCGACAGUGCGUGGAGGCAGCAGGACACGAAUACAACACAGACACCCAGAAGUCCCUGAUGAGAGCCGCGUCCUUUGGGAAGUGCUUCCUGACCGACUUCAGUCCCGACCUGUUCGUGUCGACCUGCAGAGAACUCCGGGUGCUGAACGCCGUCAGAGAGAGCAGCGUGGGGCUGCCACUCACUCACACGCAAUUCAAACAGAUGACUCUACAGGUGCUAAUCGACAGGUUGGUGUAUCGACAGUUUUACCCCUUAGCAAUAGAAAUAUGUCGUUACCUGAAGAUCCCAGAUUACCAGGGAGUCAGCAGAGUCCUCAAACACUGGGCUUCAUGCAAGGUGCAGCAGAAGGACCUAUCGGACGAGGCUAUUGCCCGAACGGUGUGUCUCAAGGUGGGAGACUCACCUGGUGUGUCUUACUCUCACAUCGCAGCUAAAGCUUAUGAAUGUGGACGCACUGAGCUCGCCAUCAAGUUGUUGGACUUUGAGGCUCGCUCUGGAGAGCAGGUUCCUCUGCUGUUAAAGAUGAAGAGGAGUCAGCUGGCUCUUAGUAAAGCUGUGGAGAGCGGAGACACUGACCUAGUUUACACCGUGGUGACGUACCUGAAGAACGAGAUGAACAGGGGAGACUUCUUCAUGACUCUGAGAAACCAACCGGUCGCACUGAGCCUCUACAGACAGUUCUGUAAACUACAGGAACAAGAAACUCUGAAGGACCUUUAUAACCAGGACGAUGACCACCAGGAACUCGGCAACUACUACGUCACUGCCAGUUACAGAGAAAAGAGGUUGGAGAACCGUCUGUCUCUGCUGCAGAGUGCUGUGGACGAAUACAACAAAGCCAAGAACGAGUUCUCUGCAAAGGCCACAGAGGAAGAGAUGCGUCUUCUCCGUUUCCAACGCAAACUUGAUGAUGAGAAAGGGGCGGGGCUACUGGAACUAUCUCUACAGGCGACCAUGGAGGCUCUGCUGGCUUUAGGACUCCACAAACAAGCAGAACAACUGUACAGAGACUUCAGAGUACCUGACAAAAGGUACUGGUGGUUAAAGCUGAAGUCUCUGGCAGAGAAAGAGGAGUGGGAGGAGUUGGAGAAGUUCUCAAAGAGCAAGAAGUCUCCGAUUGGCUACCUGGCGUUUGUUGACGUUUGCAUGAAGAGUAACAACACGUACGAAGCCAAGAAGUACGUCUCCAAGGUAACGCCUGAGCAGAGGGUCAAGGCUCACCUGGCCAUCAGUGAUCUGGAGGGAGCUGCGGACGCCGCAACCGAGAGAAGGAAUGAAUCGGAGAUGGCCGCGGUCCUCUCGAGAUGCUCCACCUCCGACCGCCUGUUGAUUGACAGGUUGAACCGAGCCAGAGCGUGCGCUGUCAAAAAGUGAUCCUCCAUUCAGAGUAGACAGAGGCAGCGGACGGCCUGCUGCCACAAAGUGAUCCUAUAAACCAGUUUCUUCAUGUGCUUUAAUGUCAUUGAUCAUGUGAUUGAUGUUUCAACAUGUUUUCUUCUUCUGUGAUUGUGUCUGAGCUCCCGUUUAUCGGCCUUAUUUUAUCCAUCACUUUUUGUAUCAGACUUGUCUCUUGUAAUUUCCUGCUGUUGGUGCUUCAAAAUAAAAGCCUUCCAUCAGAGAA